GGAUUGAGUUAUAUACAUACGAUUAGACUGCAAAGCCGCGCAGUGAGUGAAAGGUGACAUCGUGAAGAUACAAACGACUGCGACGUUUCUUCUCUCCCCUCCAUGCUCUUUGAAGGGAAAGGAGCUGGAAAUGUAGGACAGCAUGGACUACAACAUUGCCGCGAGAUGUGAGCCGUGGGCCGGAGAGACCAAUUCGUUGUGCCAUCAUGCAAGUCAUGAGACCGAACUCAACCAGGCCCAUCAUGACCUCUCUAUACGUGAGGUGGACCAGUGCUCGCGCGGUGCAAGCAACCACUUAUAUAUACGGGAUCGAGCGCGGCUGCGCUAUAGCUAUAGCUGCCUCCGACUGCGUGGCUUGUGCGGCAGAUUCGCCGUCGAUGCAGCAGCUCGCGCAGUCAUGACGAGUACGAGUGCAAUUAAGUCGAUCGUGAUUGUGGCGCAGUGGCGCGUCCGACCUAGCUGCAUCAUGCCAUGCCAUGCCAUGGGGUUCAGCGGCAGCCCCCCGCCCGCCCGCCCGGCCGGCUGUCGGUUGAUGGCUUUAUCCGAAGCGGUCAACUUGUACUUGCACUUGCGAGGGAGGAGAUGGGGUUGCUCACUCCUUCCAUGCAACCAAUUAACCAGCACCGCACCUCAACACCCGAGCAAAUGCAAUCGAUCGCAUCAGCCAUAAAUUCGCUCAACGCCGUGUGCACGCAUCUCCCCCUCCUCCUCACAACGCCAACUCCUACCAAACGCAACGCUACGCUUUCUCUUCACUGCGGCCUUCUCAACAACAUCUCAUUCCAAGCGUCUCUCCUCCCGCACACAGCCAUCCAAAGCAUGUCUCAGAACACCCA